AUGUUGAAAAACCAUGUACGCUCUUCCUUGUUUCGCUGGCGCAAAGGAUGCCGGACAUUUACGAGGCUAAACAAACUACAUCCUGCUUUGGAACUUCAAUUCUCCAACACUGAAAAGACAAGCCGAAAAUCGCUCGAUGAAACCAAAGUCAUCGAAGCGCUUAGACUGUUAACUCCAAGAGAUCUCGUACAGGACAUUCAAUAUUCUAAUUUUCGCAAAGCAAGGCCCAUCAAGCAUUAUCCACUACCACCACCAAAAAAUCUGGAAGCAUCCAGCAUCAAUAGAUAUACUCGAGCCCUUGUAGAGGCAAAUUAUCAGUACUCUUUGCAGGCGGAAAACUACAUCGAUCAAACGCUGCAGGACUUGAUCAGCACAGGGGUAUUGGACCUAGAGACUUACAACUGCAUUUUAGAGUACUACGUUCGGAAAGUCAACUACGGCUGUGCAGGCAUGAUUAAGAAGAGAAUGGAUGAAGAUUAUGUGGAACCUGACAUCCGAACUUAUAACCUACUUCUUCAACUAUAUUUGAAGUUCGAUAAAACUAGCACAAGAUCGGUACUAAGUCUUUUCGAAAAAAUGAGGGAGGCCAAAAUGGAGCCGAAUCUUUCGUCUUUGUAUUUCGUAUAUUCAAAUCUGAAGCAGAUGGAUCAUCUCUUGCUUGAGGACAUGAUGGUUAUGAAGGUGCCUCUUGAUAGCAUUAACACAGUGAUUGUGAGAAAUAUGCGCAGGUCAGGUGUCCCACCCAAACUCAUCCUUCAGUUUCUUGAGGACCAGAAGAUUCACAGUGGCAUUCCGGUCAAGAAUGCAAUGAUUGAAGCUUAUUUGAAGCUUGAACCUGCAUCCGUAUUUGAGUACAUUGAUCAUGCAUCUCAGAGUGACGCUUUUAAAGGGAACACUAAAACCGCAAAGCUGUUUGUUUCUCAUUAUUGCACCAAGGGUGAGCCAUAUUUUGGUCUUUCGUAUGGCAAAUAUUUAGCGGAGAAGUUUCGAUUGACUAAUACUGAAGAAAUCUAUGUCACCAUGCUCUCGCACCAUCUGAAUGUGGUUCUUUCGCCCAAACAGUGGAUUCUACUGGCUAGAUACUACUACCAUAAAGCAAAGAAGCUUGUUCCCGCAAAGUUGAAAAAUCAAAUAAGUUCCAAAUCCCUCCAACUCGACUCCAAUACUGAUUUCAAUGAAGAGUUCACGAAGCACGAGUUACAGGUCUUCAGGAAUAUCGACUCUGUUUUCCGUUGGAAAGGGGCGCCUAUUAUGAAAUUAUCGGAUAAUACCCUAGAAUACCAAAGACUGGUAGAAGAAUAUUUUAUGAAGACUAAUUAA